UUGAUGAUGGUGAUGAUGAUGAUGGUGUGGUUGUGGUAUUGACAUUGGAUAUACGAUAGAUAAAAGAAAGAAGAAAUGAAAAAAAUGAUGUCUAUCUUUGACUUAAAUAGACUUUUUAUUCCAUUCCAUUUAUAGUCGAGAAAACAAAGACUAUUUCGUACGUCAUGUCUUUGUAGUCGAAAAGAUACACAAAGAGCGGAGAGCUAAUUUAUCUUUGUCUUUUUCUAUUCCAAUCAAUCUCUUUUCUUUCCUUUUCUCUAUUUUCUUUGUUGGUAAUCAUGGCACCUAUUUCUAUAAACGUUAGACCUUCUACAGGUCAAACAUUCAAAGUACAGGUUGAUGCUGAGGAAACAACUGUGCUUGGACUAAAGGAAAUCAUUGCUACUUCAAUGGGAGAUGUGUCCUCUAAUGACCUCAAAUUGGUAUUUUCUGGAAGAAUACUUAAAAAUGAAGAUAAAUGUAGUGACUAUAAAAUUGCUGAAGGAAAUACAGUCCAUGUUGUUCGUUCAGGCACCAACCGUGCUCCUGCCAAACCAAAAACUACAGCAUCACAAGAACAAGAGCAAGAACAACAGAAACCUCAACCUCAACCACAACAACAACAACAGCAACAGCAGCAGCAGCAACGAUCUACACCUACCACACCUAGUUUAUUCAAUUUACCUGGGCUUUCAGGAAAUAUGAAUCCUUUUGGUGGAGAUAUGGGGAUGCCCAAUAUGGACCCAGAACUUAUUCGUCAAAUGAUGGAUUCCCCUUUCAUGCAGGGCCUUUUAGACAAUCCUGAAUUCAUUCGCUCCAUGAUUAUGAAUAAUCCUCAGAUAAAGGCAAUAGCCGAACAAAAUCCUGAGGUGGGUCAUUUGAUCAGUGAUCCUUCCUUUUUACGACAGUCUAUUGAAAUGAUGCGAAACCCAGAAUUAAUGAGAGAAAUGCAAAGAAACAACGAUCGUGCUUUAUCCAAUAUUGAGGCCAUACCUGGUGGAUUCAAUCAUCUAAGACGUAUGUAUAGCACAAUUCAAGAACCCAUGGAAUCAGCCAUGUCACCUGCUGGCCUUCGUUCUUCUGAAGAAGCCAAUGAACGAUUAGCCAGACAGCUUAAUGUCAGUAGUGUUCCUGAAAACUCAUUAAACACUCAAGCUUUACCUAAUCCAUGGGCAGCUACACCGCAACAGCCACCGCAGCAACAGCAGCAACAAAAUAAUAGCUCAAGUGCAACACAGCAACAGCCUUUUGCACAAAACCCAUUUGCUUCGUUAUUUGGGGCGCCUACGUUUCCUCUCGGUCAACAACAACAACAACAGCCUUCUCAAUCAGCCGAUAAUCAACCCUCUUCUACAACACCAUUUUGGGCAGACCCAAACUUUAUGCAAGCAACAAUGAGAUUACAACAGUCCUUAUUAGCGGCUCAGCAGAGAAACAACGAAAGUACCAGUCAACCUAAUUUAUUCCAGCAAAUGAUGGGUAUUCCUUUCAACAACGACAUAUUUGGAGCACAAUCGCAAACACAGACACCUACUGAACCACCUGAGGUUCGUUUUAGAGAUCAGUUAGCGCAAUUGGAAGAAAUGGGAUUUUCGGAAAAGACGGCUAAUGUCCGUGCAUUGCUAGCAACAGGAGGAAACGUAGAAGCAGCGAUCGAAUACUUACUUACUUCAAGCUAA